AUUGAUUUGAGUCUCUAUGGGAUAAGUUAGCAUGUAGGUUAAAUUUUAUGUUUGAGAUUUUACUUAUCCUGUAGGCUGGGAAUUGAAUUUGUCUGUGAGGAGGUAUGGUCUGAACUAGGCACGUGAGCCACCCGUGUUUCUUAAUUUCGUUCGAACAGAUUACGACCAUGGCCCCGACAGGAGUGGCCAUCACACUACUGUGUAUGGUUUGCCUCACCACAGUGUAUGGUACGACAACAAUUUCACCGGUCUCAGGCGGCAGUACAGACAGUAGUACACAAUACUCAAUAUCUGGGUCCACUGACAGUAGUAUUCAGUACGGAAGUUCUACCGACAGUAGUACACAAUUCUCAAGCUCUGGGUCCACUGACAGUAGUACACAAUUAUCAAGCUCUGGGUCGACUGACAGCAGUACUCAGUACGGAAGCUCUACCGGCAGUAGUACACAAUACUCAAGCUCUGGGUCGACUGACAGUAGUACACAAUACUCAAGCUCUGGGUCCACCGACAGUAGUACACAAUACUCAAGUUCUGGGUCUACCGACAGUAGUACACAAUUCUCAAGCUCUGGGUCCACUGACAGUAGUACACAAUAUCCGAGCUCUACCGACAGUAGUACAGGAUACGCAAGCUCUACCGACAGUAGUACACAAUACUCAAGCUCUGGGUCGACUGACAGUAGCACACAAUAUCCGAGCUCCACCGACAGUAGUACACAAUACUCAAGCUCUGGGUCGACUGACAGUAGUACACAAUACUCAAGCUCUGGGUCCACUGACAGUAGCACACAAUAUCCGAACUCUACCGGCAGUAGUACACAAUACUCAAGCUCUGGGUCCACUGACAGUAGUACACAAUACUCAAGCUCUGGGUCUACUGACAGUAGUACACAAUACUCAAGCUCUGGGUCCACUGACAGUAGUACACAAUACUCAAGCUCUGGUUCUUCCGACAGUAGUACACAAUACUCAAGCUCUGGGUCUACUGACAGCAGUACUCAGUACGCAAGCUCUACAGACAGCAGUACACAAUACUCAAGCUCUGGGUCCACUGACAGUAGUACACAAUUCUCAAGCUCUGGGUCUACUGACAGUAGUACACAAUACUCGAGCUCUGGUUCUACCGACAGUAGUACACAAUAUCCGAGCUCUACCGACAGUAGUACACAAUACUCAAGCUCUGGGUCUACUGACAGUAGUACACAAUACUCGAGCUCUGGUUCUACCGACAGUAGUACACAAUAUCCGAGCUCUACCGACAGUAGUACACAAUACUCAAGCUCUGGGUCUACCGACAGUAGUACACAAUACUCAAGCUCUGGGUCUACCGACAGUAGUACACAAUACUCAAGCUCUUCUGACAGUAGUACACAAUACGCAAGCUCUACUGACAGCAGUACUCAGUACGCAAGCUCUACCGACAGCAGUACACAAUACGCAAGCUCUGGGUCGACUGACAGUAGUACACAAUACUCAAGCUCUGGGUCUACCGACAGUAGUACACAAUACUCAAGCUCUUCUGACAGUAGUACACAAUACGCAAGCUCUACUGACAGUAGUACUCAGUACGCAAUCUCUACCGACAGCAGUACACAAUACGCAAGCUCUGGGUCGACUGACAGUAGUACACAAUACUCAAGCUCUGGGUCUACUGACAGUAGUACACAAUACUCAAGUUCUGGGUCGACUGACAGUAGUACACAAUACUCAAGUUCUGGGUCGACUGACAGUAGUACACAAUAUCCGAGCUCUACCGACAGUAGUACACAAUAUCCGAGCUCUACCGACAGUAGUACACAAUACUCAAGCUCUUCUGACAGUAGUACACAAUAUCCGAGCUCUACCGACAGUAGUACACAAUAUCCGAGCUCUACCGACAGUAGUACACAAUAUCCGAGCUCUACCGACAGUAGUACACAAUACUCAAGCUCUUCUGACAGUAGUACACAAUAUCCGAGCUCUACCGACAGUAGUACACAAUACGCAAGCUCUUCUGACAGUAGUACACAAUACUUAAGCUCUGGGUCGACUGACAGUAGUACACAAUACUCAAGCUCUGGGUCGACUGACAGUAGCACACAAUAUCCGAGCUCUACCGACAGUAGUACACAAUAUCCGAGCUCUACCGACAGUAGUACACAAUAUCCGAGCUCUACCGACAGUAGUACACAAUACGCAAGCUCUACCGACAGUAGUACACAAUACUUAAGCUCUGGGUCUACUGACAGUAGUACACAAUACUCAAGCUCUGGGUCUACUGACAGUAGUACACAAUACUCAAGCUCUACUGACAGUAGUACACAAUACGCAAGCUCUACCGACAGUAGUACACAAUACUCAAGCUCUGGGUCCACUGACAGCAGUACUCAGUACGCAAGCUCUACCGACAGUAGUACACAAUACUCAAGCUCUGGGUCGACUGGCAGUAGUACACAAUACGCAAGCUCUUCUGACAGUAGUACACAAUACGCAAGCUCUACUGACAGUAGUACACAGUACGCAAGCUCUACCGACAGUAGUACACAAUACUCAAGCUCUGGGUCGACUGACAGUAGUACACAAUACGCAAGCUCUACCGACAGUAGUACACAAUACGCAAGCUCUACCGACAGUAGUACACAAUACCCGGGCUCUACCGACAGUAGUACACAAUACCCGAGCUCUACCGACAGAAGUACACAAUACGCGAGCUCUACCGACAGUAGUACACAACAAGUCAGUUCGUCCAGCAGUAGUUCAACUAUUAGCAGCACCACAACAACUUCAACGACGGGUUCUACAUCAAGCACUACCACGUCAUCACCAGCCACUACUGCAACCUCCACGACUGGUGUACCAACAAGCACUACCACGUCAUCACCAGCCACUACUGCAACCUCCACGACUGGUGUACCAACAAGCACUACCACGUCAUCACCAACCACUACUGCAUCCCCCACGACUGGUGUAACAUCAAGCACUACCACGUCAUCACCAACCACUACUGCAACAUCAAUGACCAGUGUAACAACAAGCACUACCACGUCAUCACCAAUCACUACUGCAACCAGCAGUGGCCAGCAAACAACAACAACUCCUUCCAGCAACACCGUCGAUACAACUGCAUGUGUAAAUGGGACCGGAAGUUGUUUUCUUCAGGACGACUCUCUGGGUGCCGGAGCAUCUUCCCAGUGUGACUUCCUCUUCGUCCGCCAUCUUGUUAUAUCUAUUUCCAUGGUAAUCGUGACGUAUUUGUUGAGGUGGUAAGAGCUCCAAUUAGCUUCAGCUGAUAAAUGCAGAACAUCGAACGACUGGACCUCAGGCUUGUUUCGAAACUAUAUAUCCUCAAGUACACGUGUUUUAGUUUUAUAAAGUAAAAGGUUCUGUUGAUUAGAGUAAAAAUUACUACAAAAAGUUAUCCAUUCCCCGGCAUUGGAAUAAAACACUGUGGAACUUACAUACGUUACAUUCAGUCAUGGCAAACUGGUAUGAAUACAAAUACAGACCUAAAUUAUGUCGAUUGUUGAAUUGAUCGAAUAGAAAAUGACUUAAUUAAAUCAUCAAAGAUUGAUUGAAAAUCCAUUUAAGGAGCUAAAUUAUUCCGGCUUUAUUGAAUACCAAUUUGUGGAUCUGAAUUAUUCUUGAUUGGUUGUAUACCAAUUUUAGGAGCUAGAUUUUGUUGAAUUGAUUGGAUAACAAUUUGUGGAGACAAUGUUAAUCCUUUUGAAUUGAUCAAAUUCCAAUUUAUGUAGAUAAAUCGUUCAUUAAAUUGAACAUUAAACCAUGCUGUAUUAACUCAGUACCAAUUUACGGAGCUGAAUCAUUCUGGAUUGAUUGAAUACAUAUCUAAGCAGCUAUGUGGGAUUUAUUGAAUGUUAAAUCAUGUUAAGGUGAUUAAAUGUUAAAUCAUGUUAUGUUAAUUGAACACCAAUUAACAGAGCUCAAUUAUUUUCGAAUGAUUGAAAAUCGAUAUCCGGAGCUACCUUUCGUUCAAUCAAAUGGAUAUCAAUUACAGAGCAAAAUUUUGUUGACGUCAUCGAAAACCGAUUGUGUAUUCAUUUAGUGACAUCAUAUGGAACUUGACUUAGUUGGAUUUAACAAAUAUCAAAUUAGGACGGAGCUAUGUUGUGUUUUCUUGAUUGCCAGCGUACAGAGCAAAAUCAGGUUGGGUUCUUCGAUUCUUUUGUUUGCACUCAAUUUGUUGGAUUGAAAUAAUGCUGUUUUAUGGAACUUUGUAUAGUACAUGGUGCCAGUGUCAAUAUACGGAGAAUCUCUAUUGUUUCAUGAGAUAUGAAUAUGUCGGUGAAUUAUAUGGGUUACCGAAAGGCUACUGAUAUUACCUCACUUAAAAUAUAUUUUGAGUCUUCAGUUCAUUAAGAACAAUUAAACAGUUCUAUCAAAGCCGUCUGAAUGUGUGACAAAGUGGCGAAUCAAGAUGAUACAGACUUCGAUAUUUAAUGAGAGGACCAAUUAAUGUCUUGUCAAUAUUUUAAGAUUGAUAUAACCGACCGAGUAAGCACUGGUUCUUACAAAAUGUAUAAAAUGGCACCCAAAGCAUAGAAGUGUGUUUAAUUAAAACAC